GUGUGUGGUGUGCUGUAAAUGUGGCAUUUGGCUAGAAAUUUCUCAUUAAUAAGCUUUCAGGGCAACAGCUAGCAUGUAAAAAUAUCCGCUCUGAUCAAGAUAAAUAAUAUAAAAAAGACAAACAUGCUAAGGCUCAUUCAUUGGCUCUUCCUCAUAUGUGUAGGACUCGGAGUGAGAGCAGGCCACCACCCAGAUCAUCAUGAUAUACCAUCCGAGUGUACAUUACCAGCGGAACUUGGAUCCUGCACAUUCCCUCCCAGUAAACGCUGGUAUUUCGAUAUAAAAUCCGAAACCUGUAAGAAGUUUUGGUAUACAUGUGGAGGAAAUAGUAAUAAUUUCCUGUCUCGCGAAGAAUGCAUUGGAGUGUGUACAAAUGUUUGUAGUUUGCCUGUAGUAAUUGGAACAGGUUGGGGAACUAUGAGAAGAUAUUACUUCAACAAAAAGGAGAAUAGAUGUAAACAUUUCAUGUGCGCUGGAAAAGGAAGGAACGGCAAUAACUUUCCCAGUAUCGAAAAAUGUCAAAAUACAUGCAUGAGUAUUUGUAAACUACCAUUUGAUGUGGCCCAUGUGAGGGCGCUUUUCCGCGCUUUUACUACGAUUAUAAAUCGCAGGAUGCAGAGAUUCACUUAUGGAGGGUGUCUCGGAAACAGAAAUAAUUUUAAGACUAUCCAGUAUUGUCAAAAGGCAUGCGGGAAUUUUCAAAAUUCUCCCCAAUGUAUGUCAGCCACCGACAAAUCUUGUUCAAGACUUGCUAACAAGUUUUUUCCUUUAUAUUUUCAAAUAUAUUACUUCAACAAAAAGGAGAAUAGAUGUAAACAUUUCAUGUGCGCUGGAAAAGGAAGGAACGGCAAUAACUUUCCCAGUAUCGAAAAAUGUCAAAAUACAUGCAUGAGUGUUUGUAAACUACCAUUUGAUGUUGGCCCAUGUGAGGGCGCUUUUCCGCGCUUUUACUACGAUUAUAAAUCGCAGGAAUGCAGGAGAUUCACUUAUGGAGGGUGUCUCGGAAACAGAAAUAAUUUUAAGACUAUCCAGUAUUGUCAAAAGGCAUGCGGGAAUUUUCAAAAAUACGUACGUACACAAACAUCAACAAAACGAAUAGUGCUGGAACACUCCCAUCAAAGCACCUGUCAGGUGUGUACAAAUGUUUGUAGUUUGCCUGUAGUAAAUGGAACAGGUUGGGAAACUAUGAGAAGAUAUUACUUCAACAAAAAGGAGAAUAGAUGUAAACAUUUCAUGUGCGCUGGAAAAGGAAGGAACGGCAAUAACUUUCCCAGUAUCGAAAAAUGUCAAAAUACAUGCAUGAGUGUUUGUAAACUACCAUAUGAUGUUGGCCAAUGUCGUGGCUAUUUUCCGCGCUUUUACUACGAUUAUAAAUCGCAGGAAUGCAGGAGAUUCACUUAUGGAGGGUGUCUCGGAAACAGAAAUAAUUUUAAGACUAUCCAGUAUUGUCAAAAGGCAUGCGGGAAUUUUCAAAGUUAAAAUAUUUCCAGUUACAGGGAUGUGUCAUUGAAUCAAAAAUCAGCGAAAGGACGCUUGAUUUUCUUACUGAAAUUUAUCUUUAAGCAAAGAAAAGAAGUUGUGAAAAUUAAAUCAAAAUUCAACAGAUUCUCCCCAAUGUAUGUCAGCCACCGACAAAUCUUGUUCAAGACUUGCUAACAGAGACAUUUUUCUUUAUAUUUUCAAAUGUAGUUCGAAUAACAC